CCUAAGGUCAAGCGUGCCAGACCUUCUCAACAUCGUCAAGUCCAACAAGUCCAUAGCUCGCAUCACCGUAUGCAUUCAACUUGCACGCCGUAGCAUUCACUUCACGCGUUUGCGUAUAGACAAAUUGCGUCCUUUUUCGGCCGCACCACGCGCUCGAACAGCAUACAAGGCUCGCAUAUACUUGCAGCUUCUGGGCUUGUAGUGCGCACAGACGAAGCGGCAGCGAAGCACACAUACGGUACGCGUCACCAGCACACUCCGAGCUGUUGCUUGCUGAAGCAGGCAGGCAGGCUCUAGAACGCGAGAAUCAUCAUGGACGUCGAUUUAAUCAGCGUUGUCAACAAGCUGCAAGAGACUUUUUCUGCCAUUGGAGGGGACUCUGUCGACCUCCCGCAAUGCGUCGUCGUGGGCUCGCAAUCUGCUGGCAAAUCAAGCGUGCUAGAGACUAUCGUAGGGAGGGACUUUCUGCCCCGAGGUAACGGCAUCGUCACUCGAAGGCCGCUUGUGCUUCAGCUCGUCCACACGCCCCUACCAGCCCAUGCUAGCGGCUCCACCAAGGCUUAUAACAAGAAUGAGCCAUCGUCGUCGACCUCAGCAUUGGCCUCCUCCUCUGCGUCGCCUCUCUCUUCCAGUUCCGAGUAUGGAGAAUUCCUGCAUCUUGACAGGCGCUUUACAGAUUUCGGCGAGAUACGAAAGGAGAUCGAGAACGAGACGCUGCGAGUGGCAGGACAGAACAAGGGCAUCUCCAAGCUGCCGAUCCAUCUCAAGAUCUACAGCCCAAAUGUCCUCAACCUCACCUUGGUGGAUCUUCCAGGUCUGACAAAAAUUCCUGUCGGAGACCAGCCUUCGGAUAUCGAGAGGCAGAUCCGCAACCUCGUUACCGACUAUAUCUCCAAGCCAAACUGCAUCAUCCUCGCCAUCAGCCCUGCCAAUGUCGACCUCGCCAACUCGGACAGUCUCAAGCUCGCACGCGCUGUCGACCCGCAGGGUAGGAGGACCAUCGGUGUGCUCACAAAGCUGGACCUCAUGGACUCGGGAACGCAUGCGCUCGACAUCCUCACCGGCCGCGUCUAUCCGCUCAAGCUCGGCUUUGUCGGUGUUGUCAAUCGCUCACAGCAGGACAUCAACGGCAACUUGUCCAUGCUCGUCGCCAGGAGGCAGGAGGAAGAGUUCUUCAACAACCAUCCCGCAUAUCGCAACAUCUCACAUCGGUGUGGAACACAGUAUCUCGCCAAGACGCUGAAUUCAGUGCUGAUGAAUCACAUCCGAGACAAGCUUCCUGAUAUGAAGGCGCGGCUGAACACGCUCAUGGGUCAGACGCAACAAGAGCUCGCAGCUUUCGGCGACUCGGCCUUCCUGGGGGAUCAGCAUCGCGGUACGCUGAUCCUCAAGUUGAUGACACAGUUCGCGCGCGAUUUUGUCGCUUCGAUAGAUGGUACUUCGUUUGACAUUUCGACUAAAGAGCUUUGCGGUGGCGCAAGAGUGUACUACAUCUUCAAUGACGUCUUUGGUCAUGCGCUAGAGAGCAUCAACCCAACGCAGAACCUCACCGUCCAAGACAUCCGCACCGCCAUCCGCAACUCGACUGGGCCGCGGCCGAGUCUGUUCGUCCCUGAGCAGGCCUUCGAACUACUAAUCAAACCACAGAUCAAAUUGCUUGAGCCGCCGUCAUUGCGAUGUGUCGAACUGGUCUACGAGGAGCUCAUGAAGAUUUGCCACAACUGCACAAGCCAGGAGCUGCAGCGCUUCCCGCGCCUGCAUGCCCAGCUCAUCGAGGUCGUUUCGGAACUGCUCAGGGAGCGUCUCGGCCCAACCUCUGAAUACGUACAGAGUCUGAUCGCGAUCCAGGCUGCGUAUAUCAACACCAAUCAUCCAGCUUUUGUCCAAGAUUCCGCCAACAUUGCGCGCCAGACGCGCGAAGGCCAGAACAAUAAGCAAACCCUGUUGACCGGCGCCAACAGGACUGCGUCGCUCGACGGCGACACGAAGUCAGAUGCCAUCGUCGAGGAGGACGAGGAAAAUACACCCAUCAAGCCGCUGAACGGAUCUGCCAAGUCUUCCAAGCGCGGUGAACUCUUGCCGUCUUCCACGACUGUAUCCCAAGCGAAUCAGCACUCGUCCAUUUCUGCCUCCACGCCCAACGUCGGCGCAGGCGUCAAUUCGAGCCGAGGCGACGCAGCCGCUGCAGCAGAGCGAGGGGACAACUUCCUCAACUACUUUUUCGGCUCCGCGUCGGGCCUGCCAGGUCAGAACGUUCUCGCUGCCGCUCCAUUGGGCUUUGCAGCUGCAGGUCAGAGCGCGCAGUACAAUCAGGAGCGCGUAAAUCCCAUGGCUGGGCGCAUGGGCUUGGAAGGGAGCAGCGCGGCGUACGACAUGAAGAGCCUGGACAAGCAUCUCGAGGCGACACCGCUUUCGGCGGCUGAAUACGCCCUGUCAGAGCGAGAAGAACUGGAGACGUCGCUCAUCCGGAAUCUCAUUGCAUCUUACUUCAGUAUCGUGCGACAGACCAUCCAAGACCUCGUACCGAAGGCCGUCAUGCACCUCCUCGUCAACUUCUCCCGUGAAACCGUGCAGAAUCGUCUCGUUGCAAACUUGUACAAGGAAGGUCUUUUCGCCGAACUGCUGGAGGAGGAUGAGGGCUUGACAAAUGAGCGCAAGCGCGUGCAGGCGCUUCUCAAUGCGUUUAAGGAGGCUUUCAAUGUCUUGUCGGAGGUCACGUUUAAGCCGGUUGCAUGAGGACGUCUUGAAAUUGCUUCCUUGGGUCUUACGUGCAAUCGCCUGUACUGAGAUGUAUAGAAGCUUACGCAUUGGGAAUCUCAGAUUUUGUUUCAUGACGCAGAUAAU